GCGCACGUCACGUACAGUUUCAGGAAGUAGCCGAGCGGCGAACGGGCGGAAGAAAUUUGUCAAUGUUUUGUUUGUGUUUUUGAAUGCGGAAACAAGACGCAUUUAUUUCUUUCAUUGAAUUACACACUAUAAUGGAGAGCAGCUCGCAGUGAGGGCUACUAUGCGUUCGCUUUGAGGUUGGGCUUACUUUUCAGGGGUGAAGUACCUUCACAAUGAGCCGCCCACCAUCACAACAGAUCCAGGUCUGUGGCUCCUGGGAGAUGAAGGAGCGUCUUGGCACAGGAGGCUUUGGUAAUGUCAUGAGGUGGCAGAACAAGGAAACAGAGGAACAGAUUGCCAUCAAACAGUGCCGUCAGGAGUUGAGUCCAAGAAAUCGAGAGAGGUGGUGUCUAGAGAUUCAAAUUAUGAAAAGGUUGAAGCAUGUCAAUGUUGUAGCUGCUAGAGAGGUUCCUGAGGGAAUGCAGAAACUUGCAACCAAUGAUCUCCCAUUGCUUGCUAUGGAGUACUGUCAGGGCGGAGAUCUACGCAAGUACCUGAACAUGAUGGAGAACUGUUGUGGAAUGCGGGAAGGAUCAGUCCUCAUUCUUCUGUCUGACAUUGCCUCGGCUUUGCGCUAUCUCCAUGAAAAUCGAAUCAUUCACCGGGAUCUAAAGCCAGAAAAUAUUGUUCUACAGCAGGGAGAGAAGCGAUUGAUCCAUAAGAUUAUUGAUCUUGGCUAUGCUAAAGAAUUGGACCAGAGCAGCCUUUGUACCUCUUUUGUGGGAACGCUACAAUACCUUGCACCCGAGCUUCUAGAACAGCGCAAAUACACCACAACUGUAGACUACUGGAGUUUUGGCACAUUGGUUUUUGAGUGCAUCACUGGUUUCAGGCCUUUCUUGCCCAACUGGCAACCAGUACCCUGGCACACCAAAUUGAAACAAAAAGAAGAGGAUGAUAUUGUAGUGUCGGAGGACCUGACUGGGGAAGUGAGGUUUUCCAAGCACCUGCCAUAUCCACAUAACCUUAACAGGUUCCUCGCAGAGAAAAUGGAGCGUUGGUUGCAAAUCAUGUUGAAGUGGAACCCGCGUGAGAGAGGUACUGAUCCUUUUUAUGGCCCCAAUGGAUGCUUCAAGUCACUGGAUGUCAUUCUCAGUCUCAAGCUGGUUCAUGUCCUCAACAUGGUGACAGCAGAGAUACACACUUACCCGGUCCAGUCACAGCAAACUAUUCAGUCUUUACAAGAAUGCAUUGCAGUUGACACACAAAUUCAACCAGCUAAUCAGGAACUUCUUUUGGAAGCUGGAGUCCCCCUGGACCCCCUGAAAGAUAUCACACAGUGUGCAGUUGACUACAAGUUAAUUGAUGGACGUAUAGACAUGCCUUUGCUGUUCCUGUUUGACAAAAGCAAGAGUAGCUAUGAGCCUCAUCUGAGUCAACGUCCCAUGCCAGAGAACAUCAAGUUUGUUCAGGUGGACCCAAAGAAGGUUCUGCAGUACAGUCAGCUGCGAAGGACUUACGGCCAGGCUUGGCACACAAUUCGCACACUGAAAGAAGACUGGCAAAGGAUUCAACAGGGGCAAAAAGCGGCCCUUAUGAGCCUUCUACGCCAUAAUGGUUCUUUGUCCAAGCAAAAGAAUGAGAUGACAUCUAUGAACCAGAGAUUGAAAGCCAAGCUGGACUUCUUCAAGAUGAGUGUCCAGAUUGAUAUGGAGAAAUACCAGGAACAGAAGGUUUCUGGCAUCACGUCUGAAAAGAUGAUAUCUGCUUGGAUGGAGAUGGAACAAACUGCAUUGAUUUGUGGACAACAGGAGGAAGUGAUGCAGCUUGAAGAGCAGAUGAUGUCACUGCAGACUGACAUAGUGGAAUUGCAAAGGAAUCCUUCGGGAUGGAAACAUGGAGAUGGUCUGGAUGGACUUGAGGGAAAGGCCAUGGAGCUAUAUCGCCGAUUGAGGGAGAAGCCAAGAGACCAGCGCAGCUCUGGAGAUUGCCAAGACAUUGUGAAGCUGGUAGUUCAAGCUGUGUUCUUCUACGAGAAGAAACUGAAAGACUUUUAUGCACAUCUCAGUAAGACAGUUGUGUGCCGGAAAAAGGUGAUGGACUUGAUCCCUCAGGUUGAGGGGGUCAUUCAAAAGAUGACAGAGAGUGAGAGAACCAUAACAAGCUUGCAGGAGAAACGUCAGAAAGAAUUGUGGAACUUGUUGAAGGUGGCCUGUAGUAAGGUGCGCAGUCCUCUAAGUGGGAGUCCUGAGAACAUGACUCCUUCACGGUUUAGUGCCAGCGCACCACAUAUGCUCUCUGCUCAGGCACGCCCUGUCUGCAAGGCGACGUCGGAUUCCAAGUGCAGAGAUGAAUCGUUUGUGGUGAUUGAAGAAAGCAGGAACUUUGAAUGUCAGCUGCAGAGUCUGGUUCAGGAGACAAUCCAGGAGCAGGAGCAGCAGCAUGACAUGAAGGACCUCCAGAAGUGGUGCUGGCUCAAUGAAAGGGAAGCGAGUUCUUGAGAGGGAUGAAUCGAAACCACAGAGAAGCUUUCUAUUGGCCGAGAGCACGAGUUUGGCUCACAGCAUCAGGAACAUCAAGGAGCUGCAGAACUCCCAGGCUGCAUUUAAACCUUUCUUUCUUCAUUUCUCUUUCUCUCUUUUUUUCUGUCUCUUUGCCAUUCUCUUGUGCGUGAAGAACUGACUAAUACGGGGACGUUGUGUUUAUAAAUUCUGGACUACUCUAAGUGCAUGAGAGAAUUCCUGUGCCAUAUUGCCAAAUGGACACAACCUCCACGUGAUACACUGUUCAGCGUGAGAAUCGUACAGUUUGUAAACUAAGACACACAACCUGCAUAAAUGUAAAAAGCAGAAUGUUCUGGAAAAGUGAAAGGACUUUAGGGUUAUCUGCUUUCUAUAAUGGAAUGUAAACUGCUGUUUUUCACUGCGUAUAUCAAAAAUGUUUUAUUUUUGUAAUUAAAGGUCUAUAUAUAUAUA